AUGCAAAUAAUCAUCAGCACGAUCGGCCGUGAGAAGUGGCACGCAGCGUGCUCCGGAUGCACGUCGUACCCAGACGAGACGGCCUCUCCAUCCAGCCUUCGUUGGGCCUCCAUGAGGCCUCACGGUUGGACUCGGGUGGGGUACAUCACGAAGAGCACGAAGGCCCAGCAAAUGAACCACGAGGAAAGCAUCUUGCGUCAUGCUUUCUGCUUCAUGCUUCAUGCACAGGGAGAAUCCACGGGCAGGUCCAUUCAGACCUCGUCCAUCCUCCGAGUGCGUUGGCAAUGCGAGUGUCUCCGCCGGUCAGCCAGUCUGGCGGUCAACUGGCGGUCAAUUGGCCUGCGUCGGACUCGAAUACCCUCCGCAGCCACCUUGGCGAUUUGA